UCUCCGGUCCCCCUUUUUUAAGAGACAAAGGUCAGAAAGAGAGGCUUAUAAAUAGGCUAAAAUAUAGGCUACGGACGCGUUCAACCCUCAGUCUCUUCCACGAACACGAGAGGACACGGACAAGGGACCGCGCUCAAAGGACAUUAAAAGGACAAAAUAACAUACACAAUUACAUCAACAUAGCAGAAUGGCUCAAAAAGAGAAACUCCAGUGCCUGAAGGAUUUCCAUAAGGACACUCUCAAGCCAUCUCCUGGAAAAAGCCCUGGCACUCGACCUGAAGAUGAGGCGGAGGGUAAACACCCCCAGCGGGAGAAGUGGGCCAGCAAGCUGGACUUUGUUCUGUCUGUGGCUGGCGGCUUUGUUGGUUUAGGGAACGUCUGGCGUUUCCCGUACCUCUGCUAUAAGAAUGGUGGAGGUGCAUUUCUCAUCCCCUACUUCAUUUUCCUGUUUGGCGGAGGUCUGCCGGUCUUCUUCCUGGAGGUCGCCCUUGGUCAGUUCACAUCAGAGGGCGGCAUCACCUGCUGGGAGAAGCUCUGCCCCAUCUUUACUGGUAUUGGUUAUGCCUCCAUCGUGAUCGUGUCCCUGCUGAAUAUCUACUACAUUGUCAUCCUGGCUUGGGGCGUCUACUAUCUGUUCCAGUGUUUUCAGCCGGAGCUGCCCUGGGCCAAGUGCAAACAGAGUUGGAACACUGAUCGCUGCAUUGAGGACACCUACCGCAAGAACAAAACCGCUUUGCUGGCUGCCAACUUCACCUCCCCCGUCACCGAGUUCUGGGAACAUAAUGUGCUGGGUAUCUCCAGCGGUAUAGACGAUAUCGGUCCUGUCAAAUGGGACUUGGCUCUGUGUUUACUCCUCGUUUGGGUCAUCGUCUUCUUCUGCAUCUGGAAGGGAGUGAAGUCCACUGGCAAGGUGGUCUACAUCACAGCCACGUUCCCGUUUAUCAUGCUCAUCGUGCUGUUGAUUCGUGGUGUGACACUGCCGGGUGCUUCAGCGGGCAUCAAGUUCUACCUGUAUCCUGACCUCGCUCGUCUGCAGGACCCAGAGGUUUGGAUUGACGCUGGCACCCAGAUCUUCUUCUCCUAUGCCAUCUGUUUGGGCGCCAUGACGUCCUUGGGGAGCUACAACAAGUACAAAUACAACUGCUACAGGGACUGUUUGCUGCUGGGAGCCCUCAACAGUGGUACCAGUUUUGUGUCUGGCUUCGCAAUAUUUUCCGUCCUGGGCUUCAUGGCACAAGAGCAAGGGGUGGACAUUGCUGAUGUGGCAGAGUCAGGUCCAGGCCUGGCUUUCAUUGCCUACCCCAAGGCUGUUACCAUGAUGCCUUUUCCUACAGUCUGGGCAGUUCUCUUCUUCAUUAUGCUGCUGCUGCUUGGCCUCGACAGUCAGUUUGUGGAGGUGGAAGGGCAGAUCACAUCACUGGUGGAUCUGUAUCCGUCCUUCCUAAGGAAGGGUUACCGCAGAGAGGUCUUCAUCGCUAUCAUCUGCUGCAUCAGCUACCUGCUUGGCCUAGCCAUGGUUACCAAGGGUGGCAUGUAUGUUUUCCAGCUGUUUGACUACUAUGCAGCUAGCGGUGUGUGCCUUCUGUGGGUGGCAUUCUUUGAAUGUAUAGCUGUUGCCUGGGUUUAUGGCGCUGAUAAUUUCUACGAUGCGGUUGAGGACAUGAUUGGCUACAGACCAAAUCCUUGGAUGAAAUGGAGCUGGACUGUUAUCACUCCUUUACUGUGCAUGGGCUGCUUUAUUUUCUCCUUGGUCAAAUACAAGCCAUUGAAGUACAACAAGAUCUAUGAGUAUCCCGACUGGGCCGUGGGACUAGGCUGGGUUCUGGCCUUGGCCUCCAUGAUCUGCAUCCCGAUGGUGGUCGUCAUCAAGAUCAUCCGAUCUGAUGGGCCGCUUAUUGAGAGGAUUAAGGCAGUGGCAGCCCCCGUUCGCGGCGGUGCCAGCUCCCGUCCCGCAGACCAUCGCGGCCCCAAGGAUCUCACCUACCCGCUGGAUCCCAACGGGAACAAGGGCCUGAUGAUGAAGGCCCCCACCCACACCAUCGUAGAAACCAUGAUGUAAAGGAAUGAGGCGGAGGAUCUCCAUGAGAUCGCUCUCCUCUCCUCUAAAAAGCUUCUAAAGCUAGCUAGCUUUCUGUCUAUCUGUCUAUCUUGUCUGUCUGGUGGACUGAUAAGGGUUUUAAGGAAAAAAAAAAAAAAGUUCACGUUUCAAAUCUUUUAGGAAUACUUUGGAAGUAGUUUGCUGUUGAUGGUUUUCUUAAGAGGGGUAGCAAUCACAUUUCAAAUCUAUUUCUGAAUUACUCACAAGCUGUUUUUUUUUUCCUAUUUGUAAAGUUCAUGUGACUGUAUCUCCCACUAUUGUCUUGUUUUUAGACAGAGCAGCAAAUUAGCACCAGCCUCUGGUCCGACGCUGGUAGAUUUUUUUUUUUAAGUCUGUUUGUUCCCCCGAGCUACUUCAGCAGACAACCAGCCAUUGUUCUAAUAAAAAGGAAGACAGUGGUUAAUUGAGUCUUGGAAUCAAACAGCCUUUUGUAGACACAAUAUGAGAAAAAAAAAGGUUUCCUAUACUGAUCACCAAAAACAGAUUUUUUUUUUUUUUUUUUUUUGGAAGAUCUCGGAAACAGCUCUUUGCCUGUGAUGCUAUGAACAGGGUGCACUUAUCUGACGACAUGUGCCAUACAGUAGGGUUCAGCUUUGGUUUGUUCUGUUCCACUGUGUUCAGUAGAGGCCCUGUUGAGAUGAAGUGAGAGAUGGAGGCACUACAAGUACAGCGUUAUUAACUCAAAACUUUUUACUCGUGUCACAAUUAGAGAAAAAGACAAUAGAGUAUUAUAAGCGGCUUGCCCCCCAAAUUCCAAUUUCAGUCAUCAGAAAGUCUUGAAAAGCAUCUUGAUAUCAUUUCAGGAUUUUUUUGUUAUAGAGAAAUGUGACCAAACGUGCAGACUUAAAUUUCCAAAUAUGGCUGUCACAGGGAUUUAUUUAUUUUUUUCAGUCCAAAUUAAGCAACAAAACGUGACAAAUCAACCCCCCCACCCCCCCAAAGCUGCAGCCACCAAAGUUGAAUUACUUGCCUGCUGGAUUAGUAAUCCUCAGCAUGCCUUUGGGGCCCCCUAAUACAAUACUAACACACAUCACCUGGUGCAGCUAGAAAAUCAGAUGAAUGUAAUAAUUGACACAGCCGGUGACCCUUAUCAAGUCAGGAGUCUUUAAAAAAGCACCUUAGCACAAAAUAUCCCCCAUCUUCCGUAUAAACUAUGGGUCAAAGAGAAAACUAGCACUGAGAAUGCGUCGGGGAAACCCUCUUCUGCACAAAAACACAAGAGAGAGAGAGAGUGAGAGAGAGAAAGAAAGAAAGAAAAGAGGUAUCUGAAAGGAUUUGAAGUGUGGAGGUUGAACCCUUGAGUGUGUUGUCUGUGGCGUACUGUACAGUAGUAGCUAAUCAGUCUAUCUAUAUCUAUCUCUCUAUCUAUCUUUCUCUGU